GUCCCUCUCUCUCGUCGCCUCUUUCUCACUCUGUCUCAGUCUCUCGUCCCUCUCUCUCUCUCUCUACUCUGGGUUUUUCGUCAUCCCGUCUGGUGGCGUCUUCGCCGUCUUGCCGUCUUGCCGUCCAGCGGCCCACCAGUUAAGGGUAAUUAGAUAAAGAAGAGAGAAUGGGAUUGCCAGAUACUUCCAGAGAUUUGUCAUCAGAAGUGGAGGUUGAUGCUUUCAGACGCCUCUUCCCUCUUCGUUUUUAUGAGCGCCAUCUCUCGGAAUCUAUCCGGCCUGAUGGUAGGCCACUUGGAAGAGCUAGAGAUACAACCAUAGCCCUUGGGGCUGUUGCAUCUGCUGAUGGGUCAGGAUUGGCAAAGAUUGGUUCAACUACAAUGUUGGCUGCUAUUAAAAUGGAAGUCAUGACUCCUUCCAUGGAGUCACCAGAUGAGGGCUGCUUAGCUAUUGAUUUCCACAUGCCUCCAAUUUGUUCUCCAAUUGUUAGGCCUGGCAGGCCAGCUGAGGCAGCACCAGUAGUGUCAAAACAAUUAUCUGACACUAUUUCAAGUUCUGGCAUGGUUGAUUUGAAAGAGUUAUCCUUGGUCAGUGGAAAAGCUGCUUGGAUGGUAUACUUGGACAUAUACUGUUUGGAUGCUGAUGGUGCUCUCUUUGAUGCUGCUUUACUUUCAGCUGUUGCUGCCUUGUCUUAUUUACAAAUCCCUGCAGUUUCCCUAAACGAGGAUGGUAGAGUUGUUGUUGUGUCGGAGGAAGAUGGAGGAAAGCCAGAAAAGGAGCCUGUUAAUAGAGAGAACAGGAAGCUCACGCUGAAAAGCAUUCCUUUCUCAUUGACAUGCAUACUUCACAAGAACUACAUCUUGGCAGACCCUACUGCUGAGGAAGAGUCCAUCAUGGAAACUCUUGUUACUGUGGUUUUGGAUUCUUCAAGUCAACUCAUUUCUCUUUAUAAGCCAGGCGGACCAGUUCUCGCUAAUACAUCCGCUAUCCAGGAUUCCAUUGCAUUGACAAGGCAAAGAGUGAGGGAACUACAGAAGAUUUUAGAUGAAGCCAAUUCUGGUAUGGAGGUUGACUAGCUUUGGCAUUUAUUUUUGAGGGGAAUGUCAUAUUCAUUAGUGCAGUUGGUGAGUAAUUCUUUUUUGCUUCUCUAUUUGCUUAUUCCUGGUUUCUGUAGCGACAUUGUUUACUCUAUAAAAAGGGUUUUGAAGAGUAGCGUCGAUAA